GACGCUUCCAAGCGGGCGUGGGUGGAGAAUAGGAAAGUUCUGGGCGCUGAUCAGACAGACUUCGUUCUCUACGUAGAGUCAGUGGAUAGCUGCCUGGCGGCGCUGGCUGGAGCCAUCUGGAAGGACGAGAGAGCCGCCGCGUGCACUGUUCUGACGAGGUACCACUACCCCAUUGCGCUGCUUGAGUAUUACGCCGCCUCGGAUCAGCUGUCAAAGCAUGCGCACCUCAAGAAGUACCUCGUCGACGGCGUUGACCUGGCUAAGGAACACAUGGGCGUGCUCUGCGUCUCAGAGGCCGAGUGCCGCACCCAGGAUGAGCUGCGCGCUUGGUGGAACACUACCUUGCAGGUACCCGUGCGCCUGGGCAAGUACUGCGCCCGCGAGCGCGCGGACUGUGAAUGGCGCCUGCGCGAGGGCGCAAUCAAGAAGAGCCUCGAGGCCAAGAAGAAGGAGAAUCUUGUCGAGCUGGCGGCCCAGAUGCAGCUUGAGUUUAACAAGGAGGACCUGAAGCCAGCCUUGGUCGAGGGGAUCCUGCACCAGCAGAUGGAGAAGGAGAAGAGGGAGCACGAGGAUAAGGUGGCUCGGUGGGACAGCAUCUUGAGGAUUGCUCAUGAUAAGAAUGGGGGCAUUGACAAAGCGGUGGAGCGGGCAGAGACUGGCGGCGGCGCCUCAGAUGCCGGGCAGGGGGGCAAUGCGUCAGUUGACGAGGCGGUCGAGGCCGCGCUCUCAGAGGUGAAGCCGUUCGUCCUGGCCAAGAAGCAGUACAUCAACAUUUUCGGCGGCAUGGCCCACUGCCAGUUGAUGGGCGCAUUGUCUCGCGCCGCAGAGAUCUCCACAUUUCUCAGCCAGGUCGUUAUGACGAGGUGGACGGCUGGGAUGAUGAAACCAGAGUCUGCGUCCACGGUGAAGAUCUGCGAGGGGGUGGAGAUGGCCCCUCUCUCCGACAAGAAGCUCGACAAGGUAUACUGUGAGCAGAAACUCUUGGCUGGGAAAGGUGCCCUGCCAUACGCGGUGUAUCGCUGGGACGAGACCUUUGAUGGCACUGUUCGUGAGCUGGUAUUCCAUUUCGUCGGGGACGUGAUGCUGGUGCCCGCUGCUACGGACGGAAGCCUGACCUCGACGCCCAGCUCGUACUUCCGCGGUGGCCAGCGGGUGUACUGCGGAAAGCACACCAUCGGCGAGUUCGUCUUCGACAUCUGGAUGGAGCCCAACCCGAACAUGCGCGACCCCCGCGGCUCGGUGUGCGCGCCGGCCUGGAGCGUCCGAGCAGUUCAGGAGACCAAGGAGCCGAAGUUGAAGAAGGACGGGACUCAGAAGCAGCAGGUUGUCCCGACCAUGAAGGCAUUCACCGUGGAGGAGAGCAUCCAG